AUGAGUAUAGAAAUUCCUGAAGGACUGACGGAGCUGUUACAGAGCUUUACCGUGGAAGUGUUGAGGAAUCAGCCCAGGGAUUUGCUCGAGUUUGCGUUACAGUACUUCACCCAGCUGAAGGACAGCGAGACCAAAGAGGCCUCAUUUGGCAAUGACCAAAAUUCGGCCCCAAGACCUGGAAAAGCGGUCAAUUUCAUUGACGAAGCCAUGCAGAUCGAUUCGGAAAACGGAGAGGAGGAGGAGGACGACGAUGACGAGGAAUUCAUAGCACCCGUGAUAAACAGAUUCAUCAGAAGAGCAUCAGUGUGUGCUGAAGCAUUUAAUCCUGAUGAAGAUGAUGAGGAUAAAGAGCCAAGGGUCACCUACCCAAAAACCGAUGAGCAGAGACAGAGACUACAGGAAGCAUGCAGGGACAUUCUUCUGUUCAAGAAUUUGGAUCCAGAAGAGAUGUCUCAGGUGCUGGAUGCCAUGUUUGAGAAGUUCUGCACAGAGGGGGGGCACAUCAUUGAUCAAGAUGAUGAUGGGGACAACUUCUAUGUUAUCGAAAGUGGGACGUUUAACAUUUUUGUGAAGAUUGAUGGCACGGAGAAGCUGGUAGGCUGCUAUGACAACAAGGGCAGCUUUGGAGAACUGGCGUUGAUGUACAACACCCCCAGGGCGGCCACAAUAAUCGCCACCUCGCCUGGAGCCCUUUGGUGCCUAGAUCGUCUGACAUUCAGGAGGAUCAUAGUGAAGAACAAUGCCAAGAAGAGGAAGAUGUAUGAGGCAUUCAUCGAAACACUACCACUGCUUACAUCUUUAGAGCUGUCAGAGAGAAUGAAGGUAGUAGAUGUGCUAUCCACCAGGGUGUACAGUGACUCACAGCAGAUUAUUGCUCAGGGUGAUUUAGCAGAUUGCUUCUACAUUGUCGAGUCCGGCCAAGUUAGAAUCACCAUGAAAAGAAGCCGGACAAAAAAAGACCAGGAGGAAGAGGAGGUGGAUAUUGCUACAUGCUCAAGGGGCCAGUAUUUUGGGGAGUUGGCUCUUGUCACAAACAAACCCAGAGCUGCAUCUGCCUACGCUGUGGGAAGCGUCAAAUGCUUGGUCAUGGACGUUAAAGCCUUCGAGAGAUUGCUAGGCCCGUGCAUGGACAUCAUGAAGAGAAACAUUGCUAACUACGAGGAGCAGCUGGUGACCCUGUUUGGAAGUAGCCCUGAGAUUGAGCAACAAAGUGCAUGA